GGAUGUUUAUUGUAUCACUGUUUUGUGUUCUAGUGACCCGGUUUAUAGGAUUACCCCGAACAUUUUGUUUAAAAAAUGGUUUCCAUUAGAGCUUUCGUCGUGGUAUUCUCUGUCCUUCUUGGAUUGGCCUGUGCGGCACCUAGCGGAUGGCAUUCAUCACACAAACACGUGAAAAUCAUCGUGCCAUCCCACCAUCAUACGGUGCAUCACCACCACGUGGAAAAAGUGCACGUGCCCGUACACAUCCCGGUACCAAUAGUUAAAAAGGUGAUAGUGCCCGUCGAGACCCACCAUGAGGUACACCACGAUAUCCACCAUCUUGACCACCACGAUUUUCACCAUGAUAUCCAUCAUGAUGUGCACCACGACGAUUGGCAUGGAAGCUUAUGGUAAUUCUUUGCUGGGAGCUAAGAACACCGUUAUUGUAUAUAUUAGGUAGAUUAGAAACUCCAAAGGAAACAGAAGAUGGAAAGUGCAUGACGUCUCUAGUGAGGUUGCUAGUUGUAAGUCUAUGUAGUUCCGGACCUGUAUUGUGUUAUUGUACAUAUAAUUUUGUAAAAUAAAUCUGUGUUUUUUUUCAUAA